UGGUGCAGGGUGAAGAGCACAGAUAAAGAACCUUCCACCACUCCAUAGCCUGUUCCACCUGCCCCGAGGACUUCAUGCGGCAGGACGCAGGCUGAUGCCCUCAGCACACCCUGCCAUGGACGGGGGGAAGAACUAUCCGCAGCACGAGCACCAGCAGUCAGGCAAUACGCUCUUCAGCAUCCCCGGGCUCCGCUCCCAGCUCGCCGUGCCGGCCAUGGAGAAUUCCAUGCUGGCUGCCGACUCGUGGAGUAGCUGCUACCCUGCCUCUUUCCCAACCUCAUCUUACCCAAGUGAAAACCAGCAAUAUUUUAAUUCCCCUCACGAUUUUUAUAUGAAUUCCAUCAGCAGACCACAUUUCUUGGAUACAAACUAUGCAUCUGUGGACCCCACUGACUUCUUACCAAAAAAUGGUGAUUUUCCUCAGGACUCUUCAUACCUCGAUGAGCUCUCCAACAACAACUCCCUCUUCUCGUCCCCUGCGGAUUCCCUCUCUGACAUUGCGGAUCCAAAGGACUUCUUGCCUGCCGAUAGUUUGAACCACGUGCCAACACUAUGGGAUGUAAACACGCCGCAGCAGAACCAAAUAGAGCUGUUCUCACCCAGCAGAUCGUUCCCUGGCUUAAACAGUUCGAAUGACCACGUUCCUGCUGUCCCCAACACCCCGCUCCUCAUAAGCUACCAGUCUCAGGCUCCCGCAGAGGAGGAGGAUGAAGGUGAGGAGGAAGAAACAGAAGAGCUGGGGCAAACGGAGACCUAUGCAGAAUAUAUACCUUCCAAGUCCAAGAUUGGGAAGCACCACCCUGACCUCGUGGUUGAAACGAGCACUCUGUCCAGUGUCCCCCCACCCGACAUCACCUACAGCCUUUCCCUGCCAUGCUCUGUUGCUGACAAAGGGUCACUCUCUGCACUACAGCUGGAAGCAAUCAUUUAUGCCUGCCAGCAACAUGAAGUUUUAUUACCCAAUGGGCAGCGAGCUGGGUUCCUCAUUGGGGACGGUGCUGGAGUUGGAAAGGGCAGGACAGUUGCGGGCAUCAUCUUUGAAAAUUACCUUAAAGGGAGGAAAAAAGCUCUGUGGUUCAGCGUCUCCAAUGAUCUCAGGUAUGAUGCUGAGAGAGACCUGAAGGACAUUGAAGCUUCCCACAUUCCUGUGCAUGCUUUGAAUAAGAUUAAAUAUGGUGACACAGCUACCUCAGAAGGAGUCCUCUUCGCCACUUACUCUGCGCUGAUCGGUGAAAGCCAAGCAGGCGGGCAGCACAGGACACGCUUAAAACAAAUUUUGGACUGGUGCAGGGAAAAUUUUGAUGGAGUUAUUGUGUUUGAUGAAUGCCACAAAGCCAAAAAUGCCAGCUCUACUAAAAUGGGCAAAGCAGUGCUGGACCUUCAGAACAAACUGCCUCGAGCAAGGGUCGUUUAUGCCAGCGCCACAGGUGCCUCUGAGCCAAAAAACAUGAUUUACAUGAGCCGCCUGGGGAUCUGGGGGGAGGGCACCCCUUUCAGAGCAUUUGAUGAGUUCCUGCAUGCAAUUGAAAAGAGGGGAGUUGGUGCAAUGGAGAUCGUGGCAAUGGACAUGAAGGUCAGUGGAAUGUACAUUGCCAGGCAGCUCAGCUUCACUGGAGUGACCUUCCGAAUCGAGGAGAUCCCGCUGGAUCAGCAGUACAAGAUUGUCUACGACAAGGCAGCGAAGUUGUGGGCAGAGGCCUUGAUGGUGUUCCAGCAGGCAGCCGACUGGAUCGGCUUGGAGUCUCGGAAGUCCUUGUGGGGUCAGUUCUGGUCAGCUCACCAGCGCUUCUUCAAGUAUCUCUGCAUUGCUGCUAAAGUCCGGCGACUCGUUGAGCUUGCCAAGGAGGAGCUGGCGAAGGAUAAGUGUAUCGUCAUCGGCCUGCAGUCCACCGGGGAGGCUCGCACCAGAGAAGUCCUGGAUGAGAAUGAUGGGCAUCUUAAUUGUUUUGUCUCUGCUGCAGAAGGCGUCUUUCUAUCACUAAUUCAGAAGCACUUUCCUUCAACCAAAAGAAAGAGAGAAAAAGGAACUGGCAUUAAAAGAAAACGGAAGCCGAGGGGCCGCUGUGCCAAGGCUCUGAAGGGCGUGUGUGACCCCGUGGGUGUGAUCAAGAUCAGCGAUGACAGCAGCACCGACUCCGACAUGGGCCUCGACAGUGACUUCAACUCCUCCCCAGAGUCCGUGUUUGAGACAGACGAUGUCAUCUUCGUUGAGCACACCUACAACGGCUUCGCAGCUGAGGACAGAAGUAAUUUUCACAUACUGCCUUCCCAGAAAGAGAUGCAUGGCCUGAGAGAACUAGAACACGUGGAAAAGAUGAAGCAGGACCUCCUAGCAAAAGUAAAAGCACUGGGCAAAGAGCUACCUCUCAAUACCUUGGAUGAACUCAUCAAUCACUUUGGGGGCCCGGAGCAUGUGGCUGAGAUGACGGGGCGGAAGGGCCGGGUGGUUUGCAGACCGGACGGCUCCGUCAUGUUCGAGUCCCGUGCAGAGCAAGGCCUCUCUAUAGACCACGUCAACCUGAAGGAGAAGGAGCGUUUUAUGAAAGGGGAAAAGCUUGUAGCAAUAAUCUCCGAGGCCUCCAGCUCAGGUAUCUCUCUCCAAGCAGACAGACGGGUGAAAAACCAGAAGCGCCGGGUUCACAUGACGCUGGAGUUGCCCUGGAGCGCAGACCGGGCCAUACAGCAGUUUGGUCGAACACACCGAUCGAACCAGGUUUUUGCUCCAGAAUACGUCUUCCUUAUCUCUGAGCUGGCAGGGGAGAGGAGGUUUGCAUCCAUCGUGGCAAAACGUCUGGAGAGCCUAGGUGCCUUAACUCACGGAGACCGGCGGGCCACUGAAUCCCGAGACCUCAGCAAGUACAACUUUGAAAAUAAGUACGGGGCUAAAGCACUGGACAGGGUCCUCUCCACUAUCCUCAACCACACGGAGAACAGAGUUCCUGUGCCCAAGAGCUAUGACAGAGGGGAGGCUGCGUUUUUCCAUGAAAUGAAGCAAGGUCUCAUCUCUGUGGGGAUCUGCUGCAAUCAGAUGAAGUACGGCACCGUCUCGGUGGAGAAGGACUGCUCCAUCACCAAGUUCCUGAACCGCAUCCUGGGCCUGGAGGUGGACAAACAGAACAUGCUCUUCCAGUAUUUUUCUGACACCUUUGACUAUCUGAUUGAAAAGGACAAGAAGGAGGGCAAAUACGACAUGGGCAUCCUAGAUUUAGCUCCAGGAGUGGAUGAGAUCUAUGAGGAGAGCAAGGAGGUCUUCCUGACCCCUGGGCACCCGCAGGAUGGGCAGGUCGUGUUUUAUAAGAUCAGUGUCGACAGAGGCUUAAAGUGGGAGGAAGCUUAUGAGAAGUCACUCAAACUGACAGGAUCCUUCGAUGGGUUCUACCUCUCCUACAAGAUGCGAGGCUGCAAACAUACCUGUCUGCUGGCAGAGCAGAGCCGCGGGAAGAACUUCAUCCUCUACAAGCCAAAUAUUGGGAAGCAGAGCCAGCCUGAGAGCCUGGACAGUCUGCAGAAGAAGUACCGGCGGGUGCUGCCCGAGGAAGCCAAGGAGCACUGGGAGAGCAGCUACCACUUCUCCUUGAAGAAGUGUAACCAUGCUGUCUGGAACAGGAGCUGCAAGCUGAUCCAGGAGGGGAAGGAGUGCUUCCAGGGCAUGCGCCUGCGCCACUACUACAUGCUGUGUGGGGCCCUGCUGCGGGUCUGGAGCAAGAUCGCCAGCAUCAUGGCAGACAUCACCAACACCAGCUACCUGCAGAUCGUCCGCCUCAAGACCAAGGAGAAGAAGAAACAAGUCGGGAUAAAGAUCCCCGAGAGCUGUGUCCGUAAGGUGCUGGAGGAGCUGAAGCAGAUGGACGAGAACGUGAAGCGAAAGCACAACCGGCUCCUCCAGGCUCAAGAGCAGAGCCCGCAGUUCUCCCUGCCGCUGCCCAUCCUGCCACAGCCCCUGGACCUCACGCAGACGGGGCCUGGGGUCCCCCUGCCCGGGCACUCCCUGCGCCAGGACGAGAUUCUGGACUUGACCUACAGCCCUCCCAGCAACAGCAUUCCUGACGUGGUGAUGAACCCUGAGCCCGGUGCAUUGUGCUUCCCCUCGGAGCCCAUUCUCCAGCCACACCAGCAGCACAGAUUACCCUUCAGCUUCAGCCACCCUUCUGCCUUCAAGAGCCCGGCCCCCAUCCUGGAGGGGAACGUGCCUUUGAGCUCCUCGCUGCAUGAACACCUGCCUCUGCCUCACCCGGGACCCUUGCAGACGCUGCAGCAGCAGCAGGAAGAUUUUAUCCAACAGGAUGGGAACAUCAAUUUUAGAGAGAUCCUGGAGGACAUGCUAAGGACGUUAAAUGGGGGCCCCCAGGAGAACAUACUCCCCCAGGAGCGCCAGAGUGUGAUCCAGUUCAGUGGGCCUUUCCCAGAGUUCUGAAAGCCCAGCUGGGCAUGCCAGGUGAUGCUCGGCCGCUGCGGAUCCAUAUCCUUUGGUGCAGAGGUGAGAGCUGGGGAGCCCCAGCUUUUCUACUGGUUUGGACUGACCCUUUUCUGUUUUUGAGGGAAGAAAAAAAAAAAAACCCUUUAGUUCCUUAAAGCAAAGUUUAUUUAUAUAUAAUAUCCAGUCAGGCAUGUAUAGAUUUGUAUGUAACAUGCGCUUGGGGGGAGUUGAGUGCUGCCAAGUUCAGCUGAUCUGGUCUCUGCUGUGUUCGAGUCCUGCUCAAAGGUCCGUGCCCGUGUAGGACUGAGGAGAGGUCCCCUCCUCUGCGCCUGUCCCCCUGCAGACUACUGAGUUUCCAAGCUGGGUGGUGCCUUCCCCAGCCCCCCAGCCCAGAGAGCUGGUCCCCCCGAGAGCUGGCUGACCAAACCGUGUCUGCAUCGGCUGCUGCCAGCUUUCCUCUUGGGCUGCCCCAGUCCUGCCGUGGACCUUGAGGCUGCUCUGGAGGGCUGGGUCUGAAGGCGGGGGUGAAGGGGAAGGGAAUGCUGUCCCAGAGGAGUCGGGAGCCAUGGAGCUCAAGUGUCCCUCUGUGCAGGGCUGAGCAGGCGUAGCUGAGAAGCAAAACUGACUGUGCCUGCUCUGCCCUUCCCAGGAAGGGACACCGAUGCUUCUGAGGCUGCCUGAGCUCCAUGGGAGAGGGCAGGAGCUGGCUGCACCUGCGCCUCAUUUGUCAGUAUCGUGGCAGAACUUGUGAGUUUGUCAGAGCUCAGCCACACUGGGACCAUGGGGGGAUCCCCCGGAGCAGAAGGGCCACGUGUCCCAUCAGCCUGUCCUGCACUUUAGCCUCGCAAGGUCGCUGUGGCUGACCGUGCUUUGUUCAACUUCUUGCUGUCGCGUGGUGUCCUUUCACCUGGCCGUCUCACCAGUCCUGCCUGCAGGGCUUGUCCUUGGCUGGGCCGUGGAGGCAGGCCCGGGUGUCUGGAUCUGGGUGACCCAGCCCUGCCCACUGCCAGCCUUGGUGAGAGCUGCUCCCCAGCCCCAGAAGGGAAGAGCUCCCUGGUGAGCACUGGGGACGUGCAGUAUCGCUGCUCAUGCUGCAAAUUCACCCUCUGAUACCAAAGAGCAAAGGUCUGCUUUGCAAAGCACUGCCCCAGGCACCCCCCUGCCCCUUGGCCAG